UGAAAACUCAAUCCCACCGUUUGGCCGGACUUUUCUCCUCCGGCGUCGUUGAGGAUCUCCGGUGGUUUGGAGAAUCAUUCUCACCAUGCCGAUGAGGCACCUCAACGCAAUAGUGGUGUUACUUAUGAUGUUCUUUACUCUCUUAAUCCUCUCUUUCACAGGCAUUUUAGAAUUCCCAUCUGCCUCAACUUCGAUCGAGCAUUCGAUAGACCCGGGAUCGAAAUUACCUGAUUCAACAUCGGAUCCAUUCAGUGAUGUCCUCGUAGCUUUUAAAAAAUGGGACUUUAAAGUGGGUUGUACUCGGUUCAGGGAGAAUCAUAAGGAUUUGAUCCGGGGCAAUGUUAGUUCGGGUUCUUUACAAGUAUCUGGUGGUGGGCUGGGUUGUGGUAAGCUUGAGAUGGAGCACGUUAAGGUUUUGGUGAAAGGGUGGACUUGGAUUCCGGAUAAUUUGGAAAAUUUAUAUUCUUGUCGAUGUGGGAUGACUUGUUUGUGGACUAAAUCACCGGUUUUGGUCGAUUCACCUGAUGCUUUGUUGUUUGAGACAACAACUCCUCCUCUACAGAGACAUGUUGGAGAUCCGCUCCGUGUGUACAUGGAGUUAGAGGCCGGAAGAAAACGCUCAGGCCGUGAAGAUAUAUUCAUCAGCUACCAUGCCAAAGACGAUGUCCAAACAACCUAUGCUGGUGCGCUCUUUCAUAAUAACAGAAACUAUCACAUCUCUCCACAUAAAAAUAAUGAUAUUCUAGUGUAUUGGUCUUCCUCAAGAUGCCUCCCUCACAGAGAUCGCCUCGCAAAGAGCUUACUCGAUUUGAUUCCGCAACAUUCCUUUGGUAAGUGUCUAAACAAUGUCGGAGGCUUGGACUCAGCGCUCUCUAUGUAUCCAGAAUGUGUUGCCGAGUCCAACGCUGAGCCAAAAUGGUACGAUCACCUCCACUGCGCUAUGUCACACUACAAGUUCGUCCUUGCAAUCGAAAACACAGUCACUGAAUCAUACGUUACCGAGAAGCUUUUCUAUGCGCUCGACUCGGGCUCUGUUCCGAUAUAUUUUGGAGCCCCUAACGUGCAAGACUUUGUCCCUCCGCAUUCUGUGAUCGACGGUACCAAGUUCGGCUCGAUGCAGGAAUUGGCAGCUUACGUGAAACGCCUAGGUGAUGAUCCUGUAGCUUACUCAGAGUACCACGCGUGGAGGCGGUGUGGACUAGUGGGGAAUUACGCGAAAACCCGUGCAGUGAGUCUCGAUACGUUGCCGUGUCGGUUGUGCGAAGAGAUUAGCAGAAGAGGCGGGAAGAAAGCCGGAGUUUGACAAAUCCACCGGUGGUUUUACAUGUGUGAGAUUGUUACAUUUAGAGUGUUUCUGUAAAUGUUAUCUCAUCUGCUCACAUCAUAAAAGUAAAUUCAAUCAAAAAUUGAAAUCUUUCAAAAUAUCUAGAUCUUA